AUGGGGGACGAGCGGCAGAAUUACUACGGGAAGCACGGAACACCACAGAAGUAUGACCCCACCUUCAAAGGACCCAUUUACAACAGGGGUUGCACCGACGUCAUCUGCUGCGUGCUCCUUCUCCUGGCCAUUGUAGGCUAUGUAGCUGUGGGAAUCAUAGCCUGGACACAUGGAGACCCUCGAAAGGUGAUCUACCCCACUGACAGCCGAGGCGAGUUCUGUGGGCAGAAGGGCACCAAAAAUGCAGACAAACCCUACCUGUUUUACUUCAACAUUGUCAAGUGUGCCAGUCCUCUGGUCCUGCUGGAAUUCCAGUGUCCCACCCCACAGAUCUGCGUGGAGAAGUGCCCGGAUCGCUACCUCACCUUCCUGAGCGCCCGUGCCUCCUCCGACUUUGGGUACUACAAGCAGUUCUGUGUACCUGACUUCCAAAACAACAAGGGAAUAGCAGAGGUGCUGCGGGAUGGCGACUGCCCGGCUGUCCUCAUUCCCAGCAAGCCUUUGGCCCGGCGGUGCUUCCCUGCCAUCCAUGCCCACAAGGGAGUCGUCAUGGUGGGCAAUGAGACUACCUAUGAGGAUGGCCUUGGCCAUCGAAAGAACAUCACGGAUCUGGUGGAGGGCGCCAAGAGUGCCAACGGGAUCCUGGAGGCUCGGCAGCUGGCCAUGCGGAUAUUUGAAGAUUACACUGUCUCCUGGUACUGGAUUAUCAUAGGCCUGGUCAUCGCCAUGUUGCUCAGCCUCCUGUUUGUGGUCCUGCUCCGCUUCCUGGCCGGCAUUAUGGUCUGGGUGAUGAUUGUCAUGGUGAUUCUCGUGCUGGGUUAUGGAAUAUUCCACUGCUACAUGGAGUAUGCCCGCCUGCGUGGAGAGGCCGGCUCGGAUGUCUCGCUCGUGGACCUCGGCUUCCAGACGGACUUGCGUGUGUAUCUGCACCUGCGACAGACCUGGAUGGCCUUCAUGAUCAUCCUGAGCAUCCUGGAGGUCAUUAUCAUCCUACUGCUCAUCUUCCUGCGGAAGAGGAUUCUCAUCGCCAUCGCGCUCAUCAAGGAAGCCAGCAGGGCUGUGGGAUACGUCAUGUGCUCCAUGCUGUACCCACUGUGCACCUUCUUCCUGCUGUGUCUUUGCAUCGCCUACUGGGCCACCACUGCCGUCUUCCUGUCCACCUCCAACGAAGCUGUCUACAAGGUCUUCAAUGACACUGCCUGCCCAGUGGCUGGGAAGACCUGCAACCCUGAGACCUUCGCUGUCUCCAAUGAAUCCCGCCUGUGCCCCGGGGCACGCUGCCAGUUCGCCUUUUAUGGAGGGGAAUCGGGCUACCACCGGGCACUGCUGGGCUUGCAGAUCUUCAACGCCUUCAUGUUCUUCUGGCUGGCCAACUUCGUGCUGGCGUUGGGCCAGGUCACACUAGCUGGAGCCUUCGCCUCUUACUACUGGGCCAUGAACAAGCCUGACGACCUGCCGGCCUUCCCGCUCUUCUCCUCCUUCAGCCGGGCUCUCAGGUACCACACAGGCUCGCUGGCCUUCGGUGCCCUCAUCCUCGCCAUAGUGCAGAUCAUCCGCGUGAUGCUUGAGUAUCUGGACCAGCGUUUGAAAGCGGCCCAGAACAAGUUUGCCAAGUUUCUCAUGACCUGUCUCAAGUGCUGUUUCUGGUGUCUGGAGAAGUUCAUCAGAUUUCUCAACCGGAACGCCUACAUCAUGAUCGCCAUCUAUGGCACCAACUUCUGCACCUCAGCCAGGAACGCCUUCUUCCUGCUCAUGAGGAACAUCAUCAGAGUGGCGGUCCUGGACAAAGUGACUGACUUCCUUUUCCUGUUGGGCAAACUUCUGGUUGUGGGUAGUGUAGGAAUCCUGGCCUUCUUCUUCUUUACUCACCGCAUCAAGAUUGUCCAGGACACAGCUCCGCCCCUCAACUAUUACUGGGUCCCUAUACUGACGGUGAUAAUCGGCGCCUACCUGAUUGCCCAUGGCUUCUUCAGCGUCUACGGGAUGUGUGUGGACACGCUGUUCCUCUGCUUCUUGGAGGACUUGGAGCGGAAUGAUGGCUCGGCCGAGAGGCCUUACUUCAUGUCUCUCACGCUCAAGAAGCUCUUGAACAAGACCAACAAGAAGCUGUCAGAGUCGUAA